UCACACUCCGCUGUCAGGGCAAGGCAUACUGACGGUAUGGCGGCAGGAUACAGCAGGAAGGAUGCUACUGUCGCCCGUGAUGUGUCUUUCACCAACAGAAUGUGAAUGGAAUAUCGACGGUAAAGGGAAAGGAUACCGCAAUAAAGGCCUGUCUCCGUGAACUCCGAGAUGGCCAGGCUCGCCGACUACUUCGUGGUGGUCGGUUACGACCUCGAUAAGAGAGGGGGCAGUGAGGGCCAAGGUCACAUUCUCCAGCGCUUUCCUGAGAAAGACUGGGAGGACAAUCCCUUUCCACAAGGCAUCGAACUGUUCUGUCAGCCCAACGGAUGGCAGUUAGUUCCAGAGAGGGAGCGUCCGUCGUUCUUCGUGUCGGUUUUGACCGACAUCAACUCAGAGCGUCACUACUGUGCCUGUUUCACGUUCUGGGAGGGCCUGGACAACCCUCAGCUACAGAAAGCUGAGGCCAGUGAGGUGGAUGAGGAYGAAGUCCCAGGGCUGGUCCAACCGACCCAGGUCUUUGCCCCCAAGAGCCUGGUGCUGGUGUCCCGUCUGGACCACACAGAGGUCUUCAGGAACUGUUUGGGGCUCAUCUACGCCGUGCACGUAGAUAGCCUCAGCGUUCCCUUGGAAACGGUGAUCGGAAACCUCCUCACCUGCGUCAUCCCCGUCGCUGGUGGUUCUCAGAGGACUAUAAAAUUGGGUGGCGGGCGAUCGAAGGUCAUCCAGACUCCCAUCAACGACUCCCUCCCUGUCAGCGGCAGCAGCGUAGCCCAUCUCUUUAGACAGCUUGGUAUAGUGAACGUCCUGUAUCUGUUCUGUGCUGCUCUGACGGAACACAAAAUCCUGUUCCUGUCCAGCAGCUACCAGAGACUAACAGACGCCUGCAGAGCACUACUGGCCAUCAUGUUCCCCCUCAAAUACAGUUUUACGUACGUCCCCAUCCUGCCGGGGAAACUCCUGGAGGUGCUGAGCACGCCCACGCCUUUCAUCAUCGGGGUCAAUUCUUUCUUCCGUUCCGAGACCCAGGAACUGGUGGGGAGCAUGACCUUGGACGUGAUCAUCGCUGACCUAGACGGAGGCACGGUGACCAUCCCGGAGUGUGUCCACAUCUCCCUGCUCCCCGACCCCCUCCUGCAGCAGACCCAGACCGCCCUCUCCAUGGUGUUGGACCCAGAGCUGGAGAUAGCUGAUCAUGCCUUCCCCCCUUCCUCCACACAACCCUCCACACUCAAGAUCCAGGAUAAGGAGAUCCGGGCGGUGUUUCUGUGGCUGUUCGGCCAGCUGUUCCAUGGCUAUCGCUGGUGUUUGCACAUCAUCCGGAUCCACCCUGAACCAGUCAUCCGCUUCCAUAAGGCUGCGUUCCUGGGCCAGAGGGCUCUGACUGAGGAUGACUUCCUGAUGAAGGUUCUUGACGGUAUGGCGUUCGCUGGGUUCAUAUCGGAGAGAGGGCCACCUUACAGACCCACAGACCUGUUCGAUGACCUGAUAGCCAAUCAGGUGGAGCGUAUUCGCCAGGAGGAGUGCAGCCCGCACAAAGUCAUGAACCAUAUCAAGGAGCUGGCCGAGCAGCUCUUCAAAAACGAGAACCCGUACCCUGCCGUGGCCAUGCAUAAGGUGCAGCGGCCAGCUGAGAGCCCUGGUCACAAUGACCCCAAGAACUUGGCUAUCUUYCCUCCGCUGGACGACGUUACGGUCCAGCUCUUCAUCGACCACGCCGCCGCCAAGCUCCAGACCGCACCACCCGUGGUCAAGGCCGAGCUCAAAGGCAUGGUGCCCUCCGGACCCCCACUGGGAGACAUUGUGGACAGGCAUGGUCAUGUCCUGGCUAACAGCGCUCGCAGGCUGGAGGUGGUCAGGAACUGCAUUACCUACAUAUUUGACAACAAGAUGCUGGAGGCCAAGAAGCUGAUGCCAGCGGUACUGCGGGCGUUGAAGGGCUGGGCGGCCAGGGUGUGUCUGACCCAGGAGCUCAACCAGCACGUCCUGCAGAACCGAGCUGUGCUGGAUGACCAGCAGUUUGACUACAUCGUCCGCAUGAUGAACUGCACCUUACAGGACUGCUCCCACAUGGAUGAACACGGUAUUGCAGCCAUCCUCCUUCCCCUGGUCACGGCCUUCUGCAGGAAACUAGGUGCGGGCAUCACCCAGUUUGCCUACAGCUGUGUGCAGGAGCACAUGGUGUGGACUAACAUGCAGUUCUGGGAGGCCAUGUUCUACAGUGAUGUCCAGAACCACAUCAGAGCCCUGUAUCUGGAGGCAGACGGGGGGGAGCAGUCCACCUCUUCUCGCGGUCAGCAGGAGUCUGGUCCAGCAGCGGGAGGUCAGGAGCUGCUGGGUGCUCUGGAGCUGGCGUCAGAGCAGAGCAGGCUGUGGCCCACGCUCAGCAAGGAGCAGCAGAGUGAGCGCGUGCAGAAGGAGGAGAGCACAGUGUUCAGCCAGGCCAUCCACUACGCCAACCGCAUGUCCUACCUGCUGCUGCCCCUGGACACCAGCAAGAACCGCCUGCUCAACAGGUCCGGGAUAGGGGAUGUGGAGAGUGUUAGCAACAGCUACGUCACCAACAGCAUUGCUGGCAGCAUGGCGGAGAGCUACGACACAGAGAGCGGCUUUGAGGACGCUGAGAGCUCUGACGUGGCCAACUCUGUGGUGCGAUUUAUCAACCGCUUCGUAGACAAAGUGUGUAACGAGAGUGGGGUGACCAACGAGCACCUCAAGGCACUACACACCAUGAUACCAGAUAUCGUUCAGAUGCACAUCGAGACGCUGGAUGCAGUCCACAGGGAGAGUAAGCGACUGCCACCGAUCCAAAAGCCCAAGCUUCUGAGGCCCAUUCUUCUGGCGGGGGAGGAGCUGGUGAUGGACGGCAUGCGGGUGCACCUGAUCUCAGACGGCCGGGAGGAGGCCACGGGGGCCUUGGGAGGUCCACCCCUCCUCCCUGCCGAGGGGGCCAUCUUCCUCACCACCUACCGCCUCAUCUUCAAGGGCACGCCUAACGACCCGCUGGUGGGUGAGCAGGUGGUGACUCGGUCGUUCCCCAUCGCCUCCCUGACUAAGGAGAAGAGGAUCUCUGUCAGUCUGWCCAUGGACCAGUUCAUACAGGAGGGUCUUCAGCUACGCUCCUGCACUUUCCAGCUGCUGAAGAUAGCGUUUGAUGAGGAGGUGGCGUCGGACCUGGCCGAGGUGUUCCGGAAGCACAUGCACAAGCUCCGCUACCCACAGCACGUCCAGGGAACCUUCGCCUUCACCGUGGGCCAGAGUGGCAAGACGUUGGUCGAACACAAGACCAAGGACAAGAACCAGUCAAUAAAGACACUUUCCAAAAACCUGGUGAAGAGCGCCAAGAGGACGAUCGGUCGACAGCAUGUGACCCGGAAGAAGUACUCACCUCCCACCUGGGAGAACAGGAGCAGCCUGCAGUCAGAGCUGGACGAGGAUGAGCUCUCCGUCUCAGAGGAGUUGGACCAGGGCUCCCUCACCCUGUCUUCCACCAUCCGCUCCUCGGACAGACAGACCAUGAGCAACGUGGUAGAGCGCGCCUGUUGCCGUGACUAUCAGCGGCUAGGACUGGGCACGCUCAGUAACAGCCUGACGCGCUCCAAGAACGAGCCCUUCCGCAUCUCCACCGUCAACCGCAUGUACACCGUCUGCAGGAGUUACCCCGGCCUGUUGAUCGUGCCCCAGAGCAUCCCAGACUCCACCAUCCAGCGCAUCUCCCGCUGUUACAGACAGAACCGUUUCCCUGUGGUGUGCUGGAGGAACUCUCGUACCAAGGCUGUGCUGCUGCGCUCUGCAGGCCUCCAUGCUAAGGGAGUGGUGGGCUUCUUCAAGUCCCCCAAUGCCCCCAGCGCCGGCCCCUCCCAGGCCGACUCGACCAGCCUGGAGCAGGAGAAGUACAUGCAGGCGAUCAUCAGCUCCAUGCCCUCCUACUGUGAGCCCAGUGGCAGGAACACACUCGGCGGCUUCACCUCCACUCACAUGAGCACCUCAGGUAGGACACACACAUACACAUCAGGUGGGCGUCUGAGUGCCUACAACCCAGAAGUGGGGAACAGGCUGUCCAGUAAGGAGUUCCCCAGCCCAAGCGGGGGCCCCAGCGCCCUGUUCCUCAAACAGCAGAGGGCCUACCUCUACAUCAUCGGAACAGACACAGCUCAGGGUGGUAAGCAGGACUCGUUCCAGCAGUGGGAGGUGGUGCCCAUCGAGGUGUGUGACGUGCGUCAGGUGAAGAACAGCUUUAAGAAGCUGAUCAAGGCCUGUGUUCCCAGCUCAGCCACCUCUGAACCCAGCAUGACCUUCCACCGCUGCCUGGAGGAGUCCGAAUGGAUGUGCCUGCUCCACAGAGUUCUGCAGGUGUCUGUCCUGGUGGUAGAGUUGUUGGACACAGGCUCGUCAGUCAUGGUCAGUCUGGAGGACGGCUGGGAYGUCACUACUCAGGUGGUGUCUCUGGUCCAGCUUCUGUCAGACCCAUACUACCGGACCUUCGAUGGCUUCCGCCUGCUGGUGGAGAAGGAGUGGCUGUCGUUUGGCCACAGGUUCAGUCAUCGCGGCGCCCAGACCCUGGCCAGCCAGAGCAGCGGCUUCACACCUGUGUUCCUGCAGUUUCUCGACUGCGUGCACCAGAUCCACCUUCAGUUCCCCAUGGAGUUUGAGUUCAGUCAGUACUACCUGAAGUUCCUGGCCUACCACUACGUGUCCAACCGCUUCAGAACCUUCCUGCUCGACUCGGACUACGAACGCAUCGAGCUCGGGGUUCUGUACGAGGAGAAGGGGGAGAGGAAGAACCCGCAGGUGUGUAAGUCAGUGUGGGAUUACAUCGACCGGCUCAACAAGAAAACACCUAUCUUCUUCAACUACAUGUUCUCACCAGAGGAUGAGGAGGUGCUGCGGCCGUACAGCUUCAUCUCCAACCUGAAGGUGUGGGACUUCUACACAGAGGAGACGCUGUCUGAGGGCCCGUCUUACGACUGGGAGCUGGUGCAGAGGGGCCGGCAGGAGAGGCUGGCUGAGGAGGUACCUGACAAACCAGACACAACCACCCCCAAGUCCCAGCGACGCAUCGUCUGGCCCUGCUACGACAGCCGCAGCAGAGUGGUACCCGACGCCAUMACCAAACUGCUGCAGGACCUGCAGAGUCUGGAGGCAGAGUUGGGGCUGCCACCAGAGAAAUGGAAGGACACCUGGGACAAGAUCAAGGCCAACCAACGGACCGAGGCCAAGCUGGAGAACAGGCCGUCUUUCAACAGCUCCUUGCUGAUGUCGUCCAACCUGAGUCACCAGCGGCGGUCUCAGGGGGUGUACCUUCCGGAGAGUGGAGUGGGCUCCUCUAUUAACCUGGCCAUGGACCGUGAGACCAGCACCACCUCCACCCCUGUGGCCGGGCGCCCCAGCACCAGCACCCUAUACAGCCAGUUUCAGAGCACGGAGAGUGAGAACAGGAGUUUUGAGGGUAUCCUGUUUAAGAAAGGCGCGUUGCUGAAGCCAUGGAAACCCCGCUGGUUUGUGCUGGACAAGACCAAACAUCAGCUGAGAUACUAUGAGACCAGGCAGGACAAGGAGUUUAAGGGGGUGAUUGAGCUGGCGGAGGUGGAGUCUGUCAUUCCAGGCACGCCCUCCAUGGGAGCGCCCAAAAACAUAGAGGAGAAAGCCUUCUUCGAUCUCAAGACGACCAAAAGAGUGUAUAACUUCUGUGCGCAGGACAGCCCCAACGCACAGCUGUGGAUGGACAGUAUUCAGAGCUGCCUCUCUGAUGCCUAGAGAUGCACGGCUCCACCAUAACAGGAACUAUCCAACCAGGAACCAAUGAGCAAUGCUGAGGCACCCGAUGGACAUCUCUGCUGGCCAAUCACAGGAGUUCCUCUCCAGAAGGAGGCGGGAUUGAGASAGUCCUUUCCACAGUUGAGCGCUGUUCAGUGUUGAACUGAUGUCACGUUUCAGUGUUUUUGUUAUAAAAAUGAAAGAAAGAAGUCCCUGAAUGACCACUCGCUUUUGUCUCACCGUGUUGCUGGCUGCAGCCUGUCACCUUGGUAGUACAACCACUCUUUGCGCUGGAUGUCUAUGCAAAAUGGAGCUAAAAGAAACAAAGCAUGAUGUAGUUUGUUGUGUGAGCUUGAAGAUGGACAGUUUCUCAGUAAUCUAACUGGGGCCUCCAGCAUGUUCCAGCAUGCAGAUGUAGCCAGACCCUCCCAUCUCCGAGACUACAACUCCCAUUCCUCCACACUCCAGGGAGGAGGUAAUGAUGAACUACAUUAUCCAGCCUUGUCUCCAGCCCAGCCAUGCCUGUUGUCCAUGAAAACAGGAAGUGAAUUGGAGUGUUUCCUUUAACAACAGAAUCGGCCCCAACUGAUGCUAGCUAACGUUGAAGCCUCCCGUUUCCCCGUCACUGCCUGAGUCUUACCCGUGAGGAGUUGGACUCUCACAGAUCCCCUCUAAGAUGUCUCUUAUUCCCCAGACACACCACCAAGGGAGCCCUCAACAGUUUAUGGAGAAUUUCUAUUUUUUACAGCUGAUCUGUUACAUUUUUGGGUCAGAGCAAGAUCAGUCCUCCUAGUUAUCACACCCAGAGCAGUUGAUAUGCUGUUAUUAGCCCUCGUGAUCAAACCAGGAGGAAAUUCUAAAUCCGCCGGACAGGGAGUCUGUCUGCAGAACAAUAUUAGUGUUUACACAAGAAGCUAUGGGCUGUACUUCUUCAUCAAAAACCACUAUUACAGUUGAAUGUUAAGGGAUGCUGAAGGAACAGGAGGGAUAUAUUUUUGUGAAGAUUAAUUUAUGCACAAAAUGUGGAUGGGGCCUGUGGUCAGAGCAGAGGGGAUUAAGGGAUGGAUGACUAGUCUGUUUACUACAUGGCACAGUGCCGAGACUGGAUCUGACUAACAUGACAGACUUCCUGGAUACGACCCCCCUCUCCCCCCCCUCUGUUUCUAUGGUCUGGUUUAAUGUUGGACAAAUGCUAUUUCAGUUAUACAAGUGCCAGUGGAUUUUAACAUGUGACAAGUAUUAGACAGUUGGAUUGGAAUGUGCUCUAAACAACCAAUUUUGUUUUCAGGUAAUAUAGUUCUUAACCAGAGGGGGGCGUUAGGUGUUCAAGGCACUUAGAAUAAUUCAAAUCCAACCAAUUAAUAGCAUUGAAAAGUCUCAAAAGCAUGUGUCCGAGCAUAAGAUAUCACUCUCUGUGCACCUACUCAGCCUUUGUUUGGUGGUCUGUGAGUCAGCUUGGCUUCUGAACAACUGCAUCUAUGUGAACAGUAAUACUUCAGCGAGUCCCAACUUUCUCGCCGCUGCUCUUCUGUCUAAACCAGUGUUUUUAGCUAGAGGCUGUUACAUUCUAUUCUUAAGCCUGUACAUAGGAGUCAAUGUCUGUUAAGAGCCUUGUAGAGAGAAUAUGUUUAGCUGGAAUUUGUGAGAUUGCAAUUAAGUCAAUUUUUAGUUUUUUUAUGCUACAGAGCAGUAUCGGUUAGCCCUCAAGUUAAGAAAACAGACACACUCUCCUCGUUUAACACAAACAUUGCCGUGUAAAAUAUGGUUAUACUGCUGUCUUGUUGAACAUAAAAUUUGAAUUGUAGAUUUGUGUCUAACUCCUUUUGUAUAUACUACUCAGAUUUGUAUGUAACGUUUAUGGUAGUAAUUUAUUUAACUUUGUCUCCUCGGUAAGGAAAGUUCCUCAAGCACCAUUUAUUUUUAAAAUUAGGAAUCCAAUGUGCCAUUUGUUUAUUUCUGUGUUAACGUGACUAAUGCUACUACUUUUUGGAAAAUGUGUAUAAGUAAACCCUGUCUUUUUUAUUUUUUACAUUGUCCAUCCCCAAUAUCAAUAUCACACCAGAGUGGAAAUGGUGUGUUUGUAUGAGCAAGAACUAGCCUCCCUAGUUAGUGGGUUUUCUGGAAUGGAGUUACGGAAUCUCAUUUUUGCUUACAGGCGGGGUGUGACAAUGUCACAUCCAGCCACCCCAACACACACUUAAAGGCCAGCUCAUCCCAUUAUAUCCACAACAUUAAUCAGAUCAAUACAAUAUAAUUUAUUUGUGAUUUUCCCCCCCCCUCUAAAUUAGAAGUUUCCUUCUGAGCCGGGUCUGUCAAUCAUGUAAUAUAUUUUUUAGAAUUAAAACAAAAACACUGUGGGUUUAAACUUCA